AGCCGCAGAAGGCUCGGUGAUUGGCGCAGAGCGCCGUCAGUCAUCUGGACGCGUAGGGCGCACCCAGCGAGCGCAUCAGUCUCAGGACGCUCUUUGGUUUCGAUGCAAAUGUUUACCGGGCGGCUCCGCUCCCCCAUUUCAUUUUAGGCACCCAAAUCGACCAAACACAGAAGAGCAAAGUGAAGUUUAAGUUGAGAAAACAAGCCUUUGCCAUGGAGAGGAGGAUUUCUACGUUGAUUCUGCUCUGUGUGGCCUUGUCAGGUGUUGGCGCCCUUCAAGUUGUCAUCCCUCAACCUUUGUACGAGCACGCCCGGGGCGACAACAUCACGCUGCCCUGCACCUUUACACCCAGAGCUGACCUUGGACCACCACAGAUGGUCAUCAUCUCGUGGUCUGUUGAGGGUACACAAGCUAAUGCCAAAGAGAUCCUGAUCCUCUCCUACUAUUACCCCACUAAAGUUACUGACAUCAAAUCAAUAUACGAAGGCCGCGUGUCCAUAGACGUAGACAUCCCGAGUGGACGGGCCAACCUGAAGCUGAACUCCAUCACACUAGCGGACAACAAGAAUUUUGAGUGUCGAGUCCAGAUCCCAGGGGACGAUGAGGGCAGGCCAGCCGCCAAUACACGUUUGGUGGUUCUAGUGGCUCCAUCUACGCCCAUCUGUAAGAUCGAGGGAAAGGCAGAGUACGGCCAGAACAUCAACCUGACUUGCAAGUCUGAGGAAGGUUCUCCGCCACCCACGUACAAGUGGGAGAGUCGUGAUGUACGGAACAUGCCUCGUGUUCGAGACCCCAGAACCACUGACAGUGUCUUUCCUCCGUCAUGCUCAGGUGUCCAUGUAUUUGUGAGAGACGAGAAGAGGUAUGCUGUGCUGUUCCAGUCGGUAGUGCUGCCAUGUCAGUACACCAGCGUAUCCACCCAGACCGCCGUGGUGCAGUGGGUCUACAAAUCCUACUGUCGUGACCGUACACGGGAUUCAUUCAGCUUCCCAGACAGCCUGGGUGGAGGCCUGGGAGGAGGAGGAGGAGGAGGGCUGACGAGUGGAACUGGAGGAGCCGGUGGAGGAUAUGAAACGGGGAUGACAGCGAGCUACCUCGACUGCUCUGAUAGCAGCCGGACUGUCCGAACUGUGGCCUCCAUCUCUGGUUCCUCAGUCACACUGUCAGAGUAUUACAAGAACAGAGACAUCUCCAUCAUCAACAAAGCAGACCUGCGAGUAGGAGAGGUCCAGUGGGGAGAUAGUGGAGUAUACAUCUGCAAAGUGGUCAUAUCUGAUGAUCUGGAGGGACAAAGCGAAGCCUCGGUGGAGCUGCUGGUUCUUGAGUGGGUAUUUGUGGUGGCAGUGGCGCUCGGCAGUGUCUUAUUCCUGCUGUUGGUUGGAGUUUGCUGGUGCCAGUGUUGUCCUCACUCCUGCUGCUGCUACGUCAGCUGCUGGUGCUGCCCCGACACAUGCUGCUGCCCCAGACACUUGUACGAGGCAGGGAAAGGUAUAAAGACGGGCACCUCCACUCCUCAAUCACCUACAUACCCUCCAUACUUCGUCUCUGGUGUCCCGACCAUGGUACCCAUCGCCCCCCCCUCCCUAGUGGAUAAGAUGUCUUCUGUCCCCCCCUCAGAUGGGAGCCUGCUCACAGCAGUGCCGAUGCAUGCUGUAGGGGUUCCCUACCGCGUGCCUUCACCUCAGGAUCAGGACUCUCUCAGGGUGCUACAGUAUGUAGAGAAACAACUGGCUCACUUCAAUCCUUCCAGGUCCAUCAGCCACCAGUCCUGUAGCCUGUCUGAGCUGAGCUCCCUCCACGAGGGAGAAGCUGGCUUCCGCCAAACAUACCGAAACGUCCAGAAGAAAGCCCUGCCAGCCAUACCUGAUCACGAUGCUCAGCCUGAACCGCAGCGUUACCGUGACAACCGCAGCCCAGAGCCACAUCGUUACCGUGAUAAUCCCCCGUCGCCCCAUCGUUACCGUGAUGACCCUGAUUUGGAGCCCCGCCACGGCCAGGACGAGCCUCUCCCUCCACGACGAUACAGCGAUGACCCUCCAUCGUCCUCUCAGUCGCACAGGCUCGGUCGGAAUCAGCGAGAACAGAACCACAGUGAGGAGGAAAACCACAACAGGUGGAACCCUCGUUCAGAACAUCUGCAGAGGAAGACGUACCGCACUACAGGACGAACCGGCUCAUUGGACGAGCUGGAGGAGUUUGCUGCCUGUUACAAGCAGAGAGGAGGUAGAGGAGCAGAGAGGAUGGAAGAAGAGCGAGGAGACUAUGAGAUGGAGCUUCGGGAGUUUAAUCGAUAUCCUUCCUACCGCAAUGGUCCACCUCAGCAUUAUCAUAGUAAUGACGAAGAGCUCGAUGACAACAGCGACCAUGAAGAACGUCCCAGACGCAACAAGAGUAACAGGCAUAACAUAAGCCCACUUUCUUCACCCAAAAAGAGGAGGGGCACUUCUGAAAGGGAGAGCACUGUCCCACCUCCUCCCACAGUAGGUCCACCUUCAACUUCUUCUCAAGAAAAAGACUAUGACGGCACGUUCCUGAACAGCCUGCUGGAGCGUAAGGCUAAAUUAAGAGGGGUUGGCCAAGGGAAGAGUGGGGCCCGUGCUGAGGAAGAUUCAGACACACCUUCAAAGAGCAGCUCAAAAAAGAGCAGCGGGGAGUCUAGUCGGCACAGCCGCUCACCUAGUAACAGGCCAGACGCAGAUUCACUGCCUCCAUACUCAGAGUCAGAGCGAAACAGAACUGGCAGGCCGUCUCCACGACCGGUACCCACAAACACUCGCCCCUCUCAGCCAGCUUCUCAUUUCCAACCCGGUCGCAGAGAAGAACCCAGAGACAAAUCCCGGAAAGUGAGCACUCUUCUCAGCCGAGAUUCACUCAUCGUCUGAUUGACUUAAAGUCACAGGGACUAAAAGCUUGGAGCAGAAGGAAGAUGAAGCUCUGAUACUCCACAGACGCUGCAUGUCAUCUGAUAAAAGAUGAUUGAAUUGACUGAGUGUGGAUUCUCAAAAAUAUGCACAACCGACUUUGGGGAAAUGAAGGAGAGCUGAAGCAGUACCGGGUGAAGAGGAGGACGUUUUUUCUAUCGAGACUUUUGCUGGGGCUUUUUGCUUGUGAUGUGAUUCAGAAAUGAAGUUGCUGUCUGUGUCGUAUAUAUCUCAGCUGGACUAACACUUAACUAAUGUGAGCAAGGCGAAUGACCUGGACUGCCCACCCCCCGCUGUUAGUGUCCCCCUCAUCCCUUUAGACAAGGCUCAGAAGCAGAGAGACGUCCUUUACUCAUGCAGCACAAUGAGUGCAUUCAUUUCCAUUUGAUGAGAUAUUCGAUUUGAAGCACAGUUGUGGAAUAGACGGUAUAUGACAACACCAUUAUUGUAAAGGACCUACUGUAGCUACAGUUGAAAACAGUAUGCACACUGUGUCACUCAGUAGCAUCAUUAGGGAAUAAAACACCUAAGGCCUGUGUUAUACGAGAGUCCACGAGACCACGUGACGUAAAUUUGGUCAUCUCCUGCUGACUGGCAGUAGCGUGUGUGGUUUAGCAGUAGUGUGCAUGUGUUGAUUCCUCCAAGCCAACUAGAAAGUAGUAUAAUAACAACUUUGCAUCCAUGGUGUCCUCAGCUGUCUGUGCUCAUCUCCCCGAGGGUCUGUUAUCAAGGUGUUAGUCAGAAGGCUUUUAUAAUGAGACUUUAAUGUUACUCAAAGCGAGAAGUAGUAACCAACAUUACCCAGUGUUUGUUUGUUUGUUUGUUUGUUUUUAUGGGACCGUAGGAAUUAAAUAACCCUGAUGUUAGCAUGUCAAUCUCUGUAAAUGCGCUGCUGGUUAGCUUGUCAGCUAAUUUGCACGCGAACACAACUAAGAUUAACAAAUGAGUGAAAGUGUUUUUCUACACGAUAAAGUUACCAGUAAAAUAAUAGAAAGGGGGAAUUGUAACACAAACCUGUCCAUCAAAUUUAAACUCUUUAAGACAGGAGUAAAACAUUGCAAACAAGUUCAAUUAUUCAAAAGAUGUAAAAUAGUUUGUUAAUAGUAACAAUUUAUCCUCCAAUGUUCCCCUAAAAGGUCAAUGGAGUGUUUUAGUGUCUUUCAGCCAGUUGUUUUGUUUUGUAUUUGGUUUCAUGACUCUCAUCAGCAAAAAGCUCCAGUAAACUUACUGUACACUUCUGGCCCAACUCCGAACGCAGAUGAAAAACUUGAACAUCAAAAGUGGCAGAUGUUUCCCACAAGAUUUGGUGGAGACCAAAUUGAAGCUAAAACUAGAGUGUGUUUGUUGCAUAACUGAGCAACUGUUUGCUGAAACAUCCAUGAUAUCGUCUUCAUAAGGUGAUAAUGUGUUUACCGCUGAGUGCCUUAGUAAUAGAUUUAAUUGUAUUUCUAAUAGUGUAGUAUAUAGUAGUAUAUAUUUAAACAUUUUUAAAGCAGUACAAGAUGGAAAAAGAGCUCUUAAGAGGCCAAAUAAGUUGUUUCUAAACUGCAGAAUUGCUGGUCAGAAAAUAGCAAAUUUGUGAAUGUGUCCGUGGUGAUGAAUUAAAAAUUAUGCCUAACACAGAUACAGUAGCUGCACUGACGAAGCACUAAACUAAUGAGGUCACAUCUGACCCACAAUGACCGGAUGCAGCGUUUGCAGGUGUUUAGUUACUUCUAAGUUCUUAUUCAUGACACCGUAACGUUUUCACAAAGUUUUGAGUUAAAAACUGAAGUUUUCGCAAAAUGACUGUGUUCUCAUGAGAUGUAGUAUUUUCUGUAUACAUUGAACUGCUUCCUGCCUUAAAAAGAUUUUUGUACUCCUGUUUGAUGACACUUUUAUACGUAAACUAUUUAUGUGUGCAGUGUGAUAUGAUUGUAAUGUGUAAAUGAUUAGACUUGUCUAAGCACUCGAGUGACUGUGUGCACAAGAUGAAGUGUCUUUGAUUUGAUUAACGUAAUUCAGCGUUUGCUUAUCGCUGCUGCUGAGUCAACAGCUAAACUGAUUGUGUGUUAUCAACAGCCACACGCACAUAAACGCACACUAGGAUCAGUCGUAUGUGUUCUAACAAUACACCGUACAGUAUUUUUAUUGUUGCUAUCUCCAUGUUGAACAAGCUCGUCUUUAGACAAGUGUAAUAAUUUCUGUUUGGAUUUCUUUCCAUUGUGUUUUCUGCUGUUUGGUACUGACAACUAUGUUUAUGUGUGUGUGAGAUAGACUGAGAGAGAGAUGACUCUUUACUUUUCUGUAAAGGAGACAAUGUGUGAUUGAGUAUGACUCAUGUCUUUGUUCAUUGUUGUAGUCACAGACUGCCUGUCUUGGCUACACAGCUGUGUCAAAACUCACAUAUCAGUUCUGCCAGCUCAACCGCAGAUAUCUGCCCUGUUUGUCGUCCGCAUGAAGAAUUUCUUACAACAUUUUAACCUCCUGUAAGUUUCUGAAGUAUCUAUUUGUAACAAUGUCAAGAUGCGAGGUGGCAAACAUUAUGACCAACUGUGUUUUCUGCACGUCUUCGCAACAAAUAAACUAAGCAGAAAAAUCA